GGCAAGUGGAACGACGUGUUAAAUACGUGACGCAGUGCAAGAGGGAGCGAGAUUUUGGACAUCUCUCUCUCCAUCUCGCCUGUCCGGUAACCAUCGCUUCUAGGGUCUCAUCUGAUGCGAAUUUGAGGUCUGAGAUCGGCGGAAAGAAAUUGUCUUCAUAACGCAGCAAACAGAUUUCCAAUUGAAUUUGAUGCAGGAGAAUUGGGAAAAAAAAUGGACCAUGAUGAGACAGGAUUCCAAGCUCAUCCUGAGGGUCCUAUUUUGUGCAUUAACAACUGUGGCUUCUUUGGAAGUGCAGCCACUAUGAACAUGUGUUCCAAGUGCCACAAAGAAUUGGUUUUGAAGCAGGAGCAGGCUAAACUUGCUGCAUCAUCCAUUGGGAGUAUUGUGAAUGGAUCAUCAAGUAGUAGUAAUGGAAAGGAGCCUGUUGUUGCUGGUACUGUGGAUGUAACAGUCAAUUGUCCAGACACGAAGAGUGUUUCGGUGCAACCAUCCUUUGCUUUUGGAUCAGGAGAGUGCGGGGAGGCGAAAGCGAAGGAAGGUCCAAAGCGGUGCAGCAUGUGCAAGAAACGUGUUGGUUUGACAGGGUUUAAUUGUCGGUGUGGUCACCUUUUCUGUGCUCAACAUCGCUACUCAGACAAGCAUGACUGCUCUUUCGAUUAUCGGUCUGCUGGUCAGGAUGCUAUCGCUAAAGCCAACCCUGUUGUUAAGGCUGAAAAGCUUGAUAAAAUUUAGAUCUAAUCAGAUGAAGUUUCAUGCAGUGAAAUAUGGUAUGCCUUUUUCUUCCAUAAGAUUUGUUCUAGAUUGGCUGCGUAUCUCUAUCAGAUGUCCAUUUAUAUUGAUAUAUUUUCUGGGAAGCAGGACAAUUAGGACAUCUCUGCAGUUUGGAGAACCAUGUCUUGUGAUUGGCAAGUAUUUGUUUUGUGGAUCCGCUGUUUAAAAAAUCCUACUCUGCCUCUGGUUUGAUAGGUACCUCAUUGUGACUAGCUUUGUAAUGUGUCAUUUGGUUCAUAUGGCAUUUAUGCUUAGCGGUACAUGUCAGAAUGAUAUGUGCAAAAUUGGACAUUUGGUUCUUGAUGGUUUGUAAAUUAUGGUUACCUAUAUUACAUUACAUGGUAUUUGCCCUCUACUUAAAUGCAUUGAAUGUCAUGGUUGACUGUUUAUUCA